CAACUCCUCUCCUUUUCAACCUUCUUCUUCUCUCAUCUCCACUUACUCCAUCCCUAACCAUAAUUUGAUUAUUUAUUUAAAUCGUCAAGCAAUUACACCGCAGGAAUCCUCAACUCUUGACUCUCGCAGUAGAAAUAUCAGAUGGAUUCACUUGUACGCUUACAUAUGUAGAUCGUUUUAAGAAAGAUCGAAUCUUUGUUCUGUUUCUUGAUCUGGGCUGACGGGAAAAUAUGGGCAACGGAAUCGGAAAACUGAACAUCUGCUUCGCCGGGGGUUGUGGGGAGGUUUCCCGGCGGCGGCACGACAUCGCCGUUAAUCUCUUGGACCCUCUGGAUGAAGGGCUCGGCCAUUCUUUUUUCUACAUAAAGCCCGACCCGUCUGCCAAGACUCAUCCUUUCUCCGACGACUCUUGCUCUUCCGCCACCACCACAAUCACCAGCACCAGCUCCAUGACGACGGCGUUCCACACAAUCUGCGGCGCCUCCAUCUCCGCCAACACCUCCACUCCUCUCUCCACCGCCCUCUUCGACCUCGGCCACGAAAAGGCUUCAGCUUUCGAGAGUUCACAGUUCUUUUCCUCCAUCCCUUUGCAGCCAGUUCCCCGGAGUUGCAUCGCAUCUGUCCGGUCCGGCCCGAUUCCUGGGGUUUCGGGCUUAGGGUCUAGUCAUAUUGAGGGCGGGUUCUUAUCUGCUCCGAUCCUGGAUAACCAAUACUAUCAGGUCCAAAGGUACAAACCCAAAUCCGAGAAUUGGAAUUUAUUCCGGGAUUUGAAGAAAUUCUUCUCCACGGAUUUGAAAGAAAGCGAAACCAAGAACUGCUAUGGAGUUCAUAGUAUAAGCAGCCAAGCUAGUUUAGCUGAAGAAGAUAAUGAUGAUAUAGGAAAAGACUCAUCCUUUAGGGGCCAAAAUGUCCAAUGGGCCCAGGGAAAAGCAGGAGAAGACCGAGUUCAUGUCGUAAUCUCGGAGGAACACGAUUUGGUUUUUGUUGGGAUUUAUGAUGGUUUCAAUGGUCCAGAUGCAACAGACUUCUUGUUACAAAACCUAUACACAAAUGUCUUCAAAGAGCUCAAGGGACUACCACAAUGGGCUGAAAAGCCCGAACCCGACGUCUUGAAUGCGCUAUCAGAAGGGUUAAGGAAAACUGAAAUGGAUUAUUUGAACAUAACUGAUCUGAUGCUGAAUGAGAAUCCGGAAUUGGCGUUAAUGGGAUCUUGUGUUUUGGCAAUGCUUAUGAAGGGUCAGGAUGUGUUCUUGAUGAAUGUUGGGGAUAGCAGAGCUGUAUUGGCCCAAAGACCCGCAGACGAGUUUGAUGGAAGCACGACGAGUGUUGAUAAUGAUAAGCUAUACCGAGCUAUGUCGGACCGUAAGCACAAUCUGGCUUCUCAUCAACUCACUGUUGACCACUGCACUUCUACUACUGAGGAAGUUAAGAGAAUCAAAAGAGAACAUCCUGAUGAUUCCUCUGCAAUCAAGAACGAUAGGGUGAAAGGUUCUUUAGCAGUGACCCGAGCUUUCGGAGCGGCUUAUCUCAAACAUCCGAAGUGGAACGAUGCAGUUCUUGAGGCCUUCCAAGUUGACUAUAAAGGGGAUGCUCCCUACAUAAACUGCAUACCUUCGCUCCACCACCACAAGCUAGGCCCUAAGGACAAGUUCUUGAUCUUGUCAUCGGAUGGGCUUUACCAGUACUUCACUAACGGCGAAGCGGUCUCUGAGGUAGAGACAUUCAUGUCUAUAUUCCCUGAUGGUGAUCCUGCUCAGCAUCUCAUUGAAGAAGUAAUUUUCAGAGCGGCUAAGAAAGCAGGCAUGGAUUUUCACGAAUUGCUAGAUAUACCACAAGGGCAGCGGAGAAGGUACCAUGACGACGUCUCCAUUAUUGUUAUUUCUUUUGAAGGAAGGUUAUGGCAAUCGUCUCUGUGAUUCGGCAAUAUGUAUAUAAUUUUUUUGAUUUGUUAAAAAAACUUGACCCCAUUUUUGCAAAUAGUGUUCAUAGUAGGGAGAGAGGCUUUGCUGAGAUAGAGAUAUGUUUCUUUUAUAUGGGGACUGUCCUUUGCCUAUAACCCCUUUUUUGCCUCAAUGUGAAAUAUAUAUACACAACAUAGGAAAGUAACACUGUAUAAAAGAUAUUACAUCACAAAGCUUUAUAGCUUUAAUUACCAAUUGGUUAAAAUUCAUUUGUG